AAAGAGUUUUUACUGUUUUGACCUGUUGCAAAAAUUAUAAUGCAAUUUUAAUAUUCAAAUUCAAAAUCUUUUUUUGACAUUUGGAAGUAGAUGUUGACAACAGAACACAGAACGUUUGGUUUGAUUCAACAUGUACGUCUGUCUUUGUUAUUCCCGUGACAGUGGCAUUCGCUGUCCUUGUGUAAAUUAUUCAGAGGGUUAGGAGGAGUAAACGAAAUAAACGUAGUUUUUUUCACGUGACAACGGGCGGACGACGAAUUGUCACUUGGCAAAAUAUUAUCCUUUUUUAGGGCUAGUGAUAAUUUUAAUUAUAAUUUAGGUUGUUAAAAAGGAAUAUUUAUUAUGAGAUACGUACUAGGAACCUCCUUUGUUGGAACACUAACUGUAGUAGGCACAGUAUUAACACUAUAUCAUGUGUUUACUGGAAAAGGCGAAAAAAUCAGCGUUGGAUGGUUCCUAGAAAACACCAGCCCUCAUAUGUGGGGUCUUCUAGGCAUAGCUUUAUCGGUGGCCCUUUCAGUCGUUGGUGCUGCAACCGGCAUCCACACAACAGGCACAAGCAUUAUCGGUGGAGGUGUGAAAGCCCCUCGUAUCAAAACCAAGAACCUCAUUUCAGUAAUUUUUUGUGAAGCUGUCGCUAUCUACGGUCUUAUCACAGCAAUCGUCCUUUCGGGUUACCUAGAAGAUUUCACAUGGGAUGUGGUUUGGAACAACCCAUCCUUAAAAAGUAAGAAUUGGGCCGGAGGGUACCUCAUGUUCGGGUCCGGUUUAAUGGUUGGAAUGGUCAAUUAUUCUGCGGUAUGUGUGUGGGAAUCGUAGGAAGCGGAGCUGCUCUAGCCGAUGCUGCCAACGCCUCCCUGUUUGUAAAAAUCCUGGUUAUCGAAAUCUUCGGAAGUGCCAUCGGUUUAUUCGGGCUUAUUAUUGGAAUUUAUACUGUAUCCAGAGUACAAAUGGGAGAAAAGAUCAACUAAAGGACAGUAUUAACACGUACAUAUCACUUUAGCAUAUGAAUAAACAUGAUUUACAUCCUUUUACAUUCAAUUUUAAAUGAGAUAUAUUGUAAAUAAAAGUCAUAUGUUUAAUACAUUUAUUAUUAUAUACUUUAUAAAAAACCAAUUUGUUAUUGUCCAUUCCACAUUGUUGAUAACAAUAAAUUAUAGGUAAAUUUAUUCGUGUAUUCUUUACCCCAGUCUAUUGAGAAUAAUAGAAUAUAAUAGAUUUAUGAUAAAACAAACUUUCCCUCAAGAACCUUUAUUAAAAAAAUACUUGAUUUUUGUGACCUUGAUAAAUUUCGAAUUAAUUCCGAUAGACCUUUAUUUUCGGCCGAAGGGUGUUAUGUGUCAUAACGAGGAAAAAGCAGGGACAUGUUAUCAAGAAUAUAAAUAGAAAAAUCAACUUCAAUUACCACACUUGGAAGAACACG